UGCCGCUGCCGGGGCUGCCGCUGCCGGCAGUGCCGAGUCCAGCCGAGCAGCAUCGAGCUUUAGCCUCAUCGUACCGUGCCGUGCCGAGCGCUGGGAUCGCAGGGCUCAGGGAAUGGCCCUCCGCGAGUAGCUGCACCGCCGGACCGGGUGGAUGCUUGAGAGUGCAGGAUAAGGUGCAAGUGUCUGGGACCAGUGGAAUGGAGGCCUGAUGUAGAUGGAAAGAUGGUGGUGCCAAAAUGGGAUAAGUUUUUUUUUCUUACCAUCAGUGUGAUCUGAUGAAGAAGAAGCUCUGAACUCUAUUAUGAAGGAUUUGGCAGCGUUGGGCAAGUGUGGGGGGCUGCUGGACAACAACAGGAAUAAGAACAGUGUCCACUCUGGCAAGCAGCGAAAUGUCAGGAUCAAGUUUGAAUAUGAAGGAGAGAAAAGGAUUAUCCAGUUUCCAAGACCAGUCAGGUUCAAAGAAGUGGUGCAGAAGGUCACAGAUGCUUUUGGACAGACCAUGGACUUAGUCUGUGUGAACAAUGAGCUCCUGAUCCCUCUGAAAUCCCAGGAAGAUUUGGACAGAGCGAUGGAACAGUUGGAGCUGAGCCCUUCCCUGAAGAGCCUGCGGAUCCUUGUGAGCGCUCCAAAGAAAUCGAGUCAGCUUCUCCAGCCAAACAACAGUAAACAGCAUGAAAUGAGGAUCUCCAGGUCCAUGGGUGAUAUCAUGGGAUCCCUGUACAAAGACUCUGAGAGGACAAGGAAGUAUUCAACAGGCUCUCUGCACACUGGCCGGAGCUCUCCACCCCCAGGGAGUGUUCCUGAAGAGCAGCAGCAAAUUGCUCGUCAAGGAUCCUACACCAGCAUCAACAGCGAGGGAGAGUUCAUCCCUGAGACCAUGGAUCAGAAUAUGCUUGAAGCUUUCAUCAGCCCUGAUGACUCGCUGUCUGGGAGCUGCCAGUCACUGGACAGAUCUGUGGACAGCCCUCCCUUUACCCAAACCCCUGUUCCUGGAAGGAAGACCCAUCCCAAAGACAGUCUUGAUUGCAUGGAUUUUGACAUCCCCUUCUGCGAGAGGUUUGGGAAAGGGGGCACCUUCCCAAGGCAGUACCACCUCUCCCAAAGUCGCAAGGACUACAGUGAUGGCCGAAGGACUUUCCCUAGGAGCUACUUUCCACAGGAGAACUUGUUUCAGCUUGUCCCUUCUAGCAGAACCAAGAGCUUUAAUGGAGACAGCAAACUCAGCACCUUACAGUACGAGGAGUGCACACCCAAAUGGUGGAACAAUUGUGAAAAAGGUCUGCAGGUGUUCAGCACCUCCCCUACGAAAGCUAGGAACUCCCUGCAGGCACCUGUGAACUGGAGGCUGGGGAAGCUGCUUGGAAGAGGAGCUUUUGGGGAGGUUUAUCUCUGCUACGAUGCGGACACUGGCCGGGAGCUGUCAGUGAAGCAGGUGCCUUUUGACCCCGACAGUCAGGAGACAAGCAAAGAGGUGAAUGCCUUGGAAUGUGAGAUUCAGCUGUUGAAGACCCUUCGUCAUGACAGGAUAGUGCAGUACUACGGGUGCUUGCGGGAUCCUGAAGAGAAGAAGCUAUCUAUCUUUGUUGAAUACAUGCCAGGGGGCUCAAUAAAGGACCAGCUAAAAGCUUACGGUGCUCUGACCGAGAACGUCACUCGGAAGUACACCAGGCAGAUACUGCAGGGAGUCUUCUACUUACACAGCAAUAUGAUUGUCCACAGGGACAUUAAAGGUGCCAAUAUUUUGAGAGAUUCUGCUGGAAACGUGAAACUUGGAGAUUUUGGGGCCAGUAAACGCAUCCAGACCAUCUGCAUGUCUGGGACUGGGAUUAAAUCUGUCACGGGAACACCAUACUGGAUGAGCCCAGAGGUCAUCAGUGGAGAGGGCUAUGGAAGGAAAGCUGAUGUGUGGAGUGUGGCCUGCACCGUGGUGGAGAUGUUAACGGAGAAGCCACCGUGGGCAGAGUUCGAAGCCAUGGCAGCUAUUUUUAAAAUUGCCACUCAGCCAACCAACCCCCAGCUCCCUGAUGGUGUCUCCAGCUCCUGCCGCAACUUCCUCAAGCAGAUCUUUGUGGAGGAGAAGCGGAGGCCGACAGCCGAGGACCUGCUGAGACAUCCCUUUGUCAACUGUGGGCUCUGAGCCCUGCCAGCGGGAGGGGGACAGCCGACAGACCUGUGGCCUUUUGUGCUCUGUGGUUCAGACCCUGGCCCUGGACUGUCCCGGCAGUGGCCCCCACAGGUUCCUUCUUGCUGGCUCAGCACCUGCCAUGCCACUGGAUCUCCAAGCUGUGCUCAGGACUGUUGGUGUUCGGAGUGAGGGAUUUCCCAGAAUGUGCGGGUGCUGGCUUUGAACCAAGAAACUUCCUUGCUGCCAGCAAUACCAGGGUUGUCCCUGCCUUGCUGUGUUGCUUAUCUCUUGGGGCAGGUUCAACCAAAAAUGGGAUCUGUGCCCCCUCCACCAUGACAGUGAUGCUGGCAGCAUCCUCGGGACAGGCGGAGGAAUAAGAUGCUCAUUGAUGAUCUCCACCUCUCACAGGGGAACAGACAGGGGCCUCAGCCACACUGGAGGAGAUGAUCCUCAGACUGCAGAGUUGGGGGGGGACCCGAGUGUCCCUAUUCACAAGGGGACCAAACUCUGCUGGAGGCCAUGGGACUAACUGGCACCUCUAACGAGCGGUGUUCAAUGCUGUUUGUGCCUUAAGCAGUUAUGGUCCAGGAGCAAUGCUUGGCUGGGCCCAGAGCACGGGGUCGGGCGCCAUGGUGCAGCCGUGAUGGCUUUGCCUGUGUGUGUGCACGUGUGUGUGUGCGAGGUGUGGCAGAAGAGGUCUUCUCGGGGCACAGGAGGUCUCUGUGGGGUGCACUCGUGAACAAAUGCCUGGGACCUUUGCCACAGGCUGUGCAGAGGGACGUUUCAAUGCUGUUGGUCCCUGCAGUGGGCAGGGUUGAGCACCAGUUUGUGCUGGGAGCCCUCAGGGUUCAGGUGGGGCUGGAGGGGGCCUUGGAGAGGGUGGCUCUCUGCUCAUAGUUGUUACCCUGCUAUCCUGUGCCUCUGCUGUUAUGCUGAGGCUGGAGGGAUGCCAGUGCAUUCUGGAAGUGGAGCUGCAGGAAGAGCCCUGUUGGUCUCCGUAAACCCCAAGUGGCAGAGAAUAGUGCCUGCAGAUCUGGGCUGCCAAGGGCUCAGUGCCGCCUUCUCUGUGCCUCAUGGAAUCAGCCCCUGGUGAGGGGAAGGAGGACAUCAUCUCCAAGGUAUUGCCCGAGGGAGCAGCUGCUGGACCACGAGUCUCAGAUCAGGAGAGCAGAGCUGUGAAGGUCAAGGGCAUCUGGAACCAGGCUUCUCCUUGCAGUAUAUUGGAAGUUCUAGGAAAAAAAGAGACAGCAGUCUCGGGCCUCUUUGGCCAGUACUAAUUUGCUAGAAACCUUGAGAAGGGAGCAUGCACAGAGAUCCUGAAGCUAAUUAAUCAGAUCUUUGAGCACAUUAAUUGCAUCAUCCCACCUCCCCCUUCCCUGCUGCCUUAGCUGUUUCCGCCUGGCUCAGCAAAGGGUUAAAUAAGCAGUUACGGGGAGGUUGCUGUCUUAAUACUGCUUUUAAUUGAAAAUGAGAAAUGUUGCUUUGACUGAAGAGGAAAUUGAGAAAUCGGUUUUUCAUGUGACUUCACAUAUCCGUGAAUUCUUCCUAGUGGAAGAGAUCAAGACUUUGCACUGCUGGGGUGGUGGUGGGAGUGCUUCCUUGUCCACAGCUCAGGAAGGAGAAGCUAAGAUGGAAAUUCUUUCACUUAAAAAAAAAAAAAGAAACAUGGGCAAAUUAAAAGUGAUAGCUAAAAAGGAUUUCCUGUAAAUUCAGGUGUGAAGUUGCCAAGGCCUAUUACUGCCCAAGCUGUGCUCCAGUGAAGCUGGAGGUCUGUGGUGAGGCAGCACCAGUGUUUUGUUCCAGCUGAGCACAGCAGUGAUGGGCAGAUCUCCUCCAGCACAGGAGUUAAAGUUGUCUCCUUUCUCUGAGGGGGAAUGAAGAAUUAUAUUCUGUGAAUAGGACCAAAUCCAUCAGCCUGUGCAUUAAUAUGGCAUGGAUGGAAAGAGCUAUAAGACAAAUAAAAAUAAUUAUUGUAGGCUGGGAAGGAUUUUUAUCAGAAGAGGGUAACAAAGUGUGUUUUCACCAACACUGAGAAAAAGAAACAAACCCCAAACCAAUUUGAAAGCUGUUUUCUCCGUCAUUUAACCCACUGAGCUUUGAUUUUCUCACCCAUUCAUUGGUGGGUGGGUGCUCUCCUUCCCAAAGCCUAGAGAGCAAAACAGGGCUCCCGGGCUGGGACUGCCCCAAAAUGCUCCCAGGGCCCUCAAACAGCCCAAAUCCUCCCAUGGAUGGAUGCGGCUUGUGUGUGUGAUGUGUGUGUGUGGGCACGUGUGUAUGAUGUGUUGGCGUGUCUGUGGGGUGUGAUGUGCUGGCAUGUAUGUGGACACAACCUGUAUGUGUGUUUGUGACUCACUCCUCAGUGCCUUUGCCUGUUUGUUUUUAAAACCCUUGCAGUGUUCUGAUGUACAGAAUGAAACUAGAAGAUGAUGUAAUAUUAUGCCAUGUAAAGUUGUUUUUUCUUUUGUC